GCUAGGUUCAGGAAAGGAUUUCUAGCUUCCAUACAGACUAUUUUCUCACCUCUCACUCGCUUCCACUCCUCCCUUGCAGCGGCUGCGCCACCACCUGUUUCUCCUCUGCUUCCGCCAGCUUGUUGCACUCUCCUCUGUGUGAGGCUUAGCUACGACCACCAAUCCCAACUCUAACUCCUCAAAUCGUGCGAUUUCGAGCAAUGGCUUGUUUUGAUGGAUAAGUCAGGUGAACACGAUAACUACAUCGAAACCCUGACUUAGGUUGUUGGAAGGUGAAUUUGUUAAUUUAUUGCCCUUUGAGGUUUUGGGAAGCAAGACACGGAUACUAUGGAAAAGGAAGGAAAAUUGGGGACUCUUUGUAUUGGGUAAAUGAUAUUCUGCAGACUUUCUGUUUCUCUAAAGUUUCAUUGGAGGUUUUCCUGCAGAAACUGUUGUUCUUUAUCCCAAAUAAUGAGUUUUUCCACUUCUGCAACUGAAACUCUUGAAUCUGAGUCCCCAGAGUUGAUAUACUCUGAAUUGCAACACAAAAUGCAGGGGUAUGCUGUGUCAGGAUGUAUCGAGAAAGCAGUUGAGGUAUUGUAUGCAAUGAGGUGUGUGUCUGGAAAGCCAACUGUUCAUGAUUAUAAUUCAUUGCUUUAUUGCCAUAUGAAGUCCAAAGUUGUGAUGAUACAUGAGUUAGGAGAGAUAUAUUUGGGGAUGAAGAGGCUUGGGCCAUCCCCUAAUGCGAUAACAUUUAAUACUAUGUUGAAUGGGAUGGUUUCAUUAGGGAGGCUGAGGGAUGGGAUUCUGAUAGCCAAGGAGAUGGUGGAAAGUGGUUUCUCACCAUCAUUUACUGCUUUGUCAAAAUUGUUGAAGAAAUCAUUUAGUUUGGGGAGCUUGGAGGAUACUUUAAGUUUAUUUGUGUUUAUGUUGAGGCUGGGAUAUGUUCCAACUGAACCAAGUUUGAGGAAGUUAAUUCUUGCUCUUUGUAAAGUUGGAAGGGUUCCUGAAGCAUAUCAAGUUCUCUCUGUUCUUAUAAGCAAGGAUUGUUUUCAAGGUGUGCACUGCUUUAAUCCUCUACUGUGGGCAUUGUGCAAGUCCAAUUAUUGCAAUAAUGCAUUAGCCUUUCUCUGUUUUUUGAAAAAGAAAGGUUUUGAAUGUGAUGUUUCCUCGUAUACUGCUUUAGUUUAUGGGUUUGGUAGGAAAAAGGCAUGGAAUGAAGUGUUUCAUUGUUUAGAUGAAAUGGAAGCUAAUGGGUGUGAGCCUAAUGUGAUAACAUACACUAUAGUUAUUAAGUUUCUUUCUGAUGAUGGGGAAGUUGAUGAGUCAUUAAACCUAUUGAAGAAGAUGGAAAAUAAGGGAUGUAGCCCUGAUUUGGUUACAUAUAAUGUCAUUCUCCGGGCACUUUGUCGUCAGGGUAGGUUUGUUGAGCUUGGUGAGCUUGCCCAAGUUAUUGAUCAAAAGGGACUUACACCUGACCAGUAUACUUAUGCUGCUCUAGCAGAAGGCUUGUUGAAAAGUGGAAGACCAAGUAUUGCUGAAAGGCUCAUUCAUCAAAUUAUUUCAAGUUGCUGCUUCGUGGAUGUUGUGAUUUAUAAUAUAUACUUCAAUAUUCUGUGUAGUGAUAAUAGAACAAAAGAAGCACUGUCUACAUUGGAAAGCAUGAUGGAAAUAGGAUUUAAACCAACUACAGUCUCCUACAACACUAUCUUGAAAGGAAUAUGCAAAGAGAAAUGCGUUCGUGAAGCUAUGAAAUUUUUUAACCAGAUCAUCUGGCCCACAAGUAAGCCCGAUUUGAUUUCCUUCAAUAUACUGUUGUCUGCUGCAUGUAAACAAGGAGAUUCAUCAAUAAUACAAAGGAUCCUAUACAGAAUGGAAUAUGAAGGUUUUCAACUUGACGAUGUAAGUUCAACUUUGUUUUUGUAUUUUUGCAUGGUUUGAAAGACUGCAGCAUGUUAGAACUUUUGGACUACAUAAUUGCUAAUUGUUCUCAAAUUAAUAUAGUGACGUGCAAUGCUCUCAUAAGCAGCCUUUGCAAGAACAGACUAGGUGGAGAAGCAUUUACCUUAUACAGAUACUUUAGAAGUUCUGGGAUUUCACCAGAUGCCACAACAUAUAAUAUCCUUAUGUGUGCUUCCAUAAGACCAUAAAAGAAUGUAUUCUGGCAGAUCAGUUGUUAAGGGAUAUGCACCAGCAAAGAUUGGGGCCUGAUAUUUUCAUGUGUGGUUUGAUUUAUAGAUUUUGUAAAGAAGGAAAGUUGACUUCUGACCUCCAGUUAAGGUAUCAUAUGCUUGAGAAUGGCAUCAACCAGGAUGAUUAUGUUAAUGGUACCAAACUGAAGGCAACAACACUCAGGAUCUGAAAGAUUUCUGAAGUUAAAUAUAUUGUUGAAAGUUGUGGCAAUGGAGGGAUGAAAGCUUUGAGAUUUUGAAGAAUGUAACAGUGGGUCAAAUUAUUGUAGCUAUUGUUGUUUUGUCAUUAUCAAGGCAUAAGCACCGAUGCACUCCAUUGUUUGGUUGGAUUGUGGGUUAUGCAUUUGGAGGUGUAGCUAUCUUUCCUCCUCUUUAUUGGUGCUAUCAGUACAGAAAUCAGAGUUCUGAAGAAGAUUCUUAGCAGCAAUAGAAUUCUUCCCCAAGUGGCCUUUCAACUGGACCUCCUUCGAGUUCCAAUACUUCUUUGGAUGGUGAAGGUCAAAGAACAACUGGCACAUCCUCUAGAUGGGGUCCGAAUGGUUGAUUACCAAAUGCAAGGUUAUGAAGAGCAGUUGACAAAAAAGCAGCUGACCUGGAGAAUGAGAAUUUGAAGAGGCAAAAGGGGUUUGCAGCAAAAAGAGUAUGAUUGUUUGAAGAACACAAGAAAUAGCUUAAAUGCCCAGGUAACUGAGUCUAGCAGAAACAAGUAACAAGAUGGUAGGAAUUCAGAUUUUCUCCCCAUUCUUUUUCUCUAACACACUUAACUGCUGCAUUUGCUAGAUGGCUAGAGUAGUGAAGGAAGAGGUACAAGGUAUAUAUUAAGUUUCUCUGUUUCCAUUAUGCUAUUCAAUGUAACCUGGGGCUGUGGUUGAGUGGAAGGGACUCAUCUAUCUUUAACCAAAGGUCAAGGGUUCAAUCAUUGACUUUGGGAAUGGAGCAGCCUUAAAUAUCUAGGCUAGCUGUCCCACCCAAAAGAGAUGCCUACAAUUCAGCGAGGGGAUUAUUCACUGUGUCUGACGACUGACGGUGUAUAUACACAAAAAAAAAAUUAUGCUAUUCAAUGUAGACAGUGCUUUUUACCAUUAUAAGUACACAAAACAUUGAGUAUAUAUUAUAAAUUACAUCUAUAAAGCUAAAUAAUUUGAUGAAUGAGCCUUCACCAUUGACCUGUGUUGCUCCA